AAAACACACUGGGCGCGAGUUUGGAUUUCCAAUGUCUUCGCAGAACUCCUCAAUACCUAUUCCUGGUAUAAUAUUCGCGUGUCAUUGCUCUGGUGACCUGCUGCUACUACCAAUAUUGUUAUCAUAUCGCGCUUUAUCGGGUAAUCCACAUGACAAUGAGAGACGCCUUCACGGUCCUUUUCCCUGAAUGAAAUGAUGGCUGCGCCAUCCCCAUUAUAAAGCAGCAGUGAGACCAUCGGCUGCACCUUACAAUCUUGUUGACAGAAUUCACCUAGCCAUGUCCAAUACUUUCGUCUAUCAGUUCGACACACCGACCUUCAAGGGCACCGCAACGGUGCCUACCGGUCUUUUCAUCAACGGAAAAUUUGUUGAGCCAGUUGAGGGAGGGACCAUAGAUGUAAUUAACCCAGCCAAUGGCAAAUUGCUCACCAAGAUAUCUGCUGGAACUGCUAAAGAUGUCGACAUCGCAGUAGAGGCUGCAAGGGUCGCAUACAAAGAACGAUGGGGUUUAAAAGUCCCUGGUGCUCAGCGAGGCAGAAUGCUCAACAAGCUCGCGGAUCUCAUGGACCAACACCAGCAGGAGCUAGCUGCCCUCGAGGCUUUGGAUAAUGGAAAAGCAUACAAUGUUGCUAUGGCAGCUGAUUUACCAAGCUCAGCUGCUGUUAUCCGCUAUUAUGCAGGUUGGGCAGACAAGAUACAGGGUAAAACAAUCGAGACUACUGAAAAAAAAAUGGCCUACACUCGUCAUGAGCCCUUUGGUGUCGUUGGCGCGAUCAUUCCUUGGAACUUUCCUCUCAACAUGUUAACCUGGAAAAUUGGUCCCGCUCUUGCCACAGGAAACGCAGUGGUCUUGAAACCUUCCGAGCUAACACCCCUAACUGCUCUCCGAUUAUGUUCGCUAAUCAACGAGGCCGGGUUCCCUCCUGGUGUUCUCAACAUCGUCAAUGGAUAUGGUCACACCGUAGGACAAGCUAUCAGCGAGCACAUGGUCAUUCAAAAGGUUGCCUUCACCGGUAGUACCAUGACUGGCAGGAAGGUCAUGGAAGCUGCCGCAAAGAGCAACCUCAAAAACGUCAGCCUUGAGCUUGGCGGGAAAAGUCCGAGUAUUGUAUUUGACGAUGCCAACUUGGAGCAAACUGUAAAAUGGGUUGCUCACGGAAUCUACUUCAACCAUGGUCAAACAUGUACUGCUGGUUCUCGGAUAUUCAUCCAAGCAGGUAUCUACGACACGUUCGUGCAAAAAUUCAAGGAGCACAGCUUAACUCUGAAGCUCGGUGAUCCAUUCGAGACGACGACCUACCAAGGUCCUCAGGUAUCUCAAACACAAUUUGACCGUAUCAUGGGAUACAUCGAGUCAGGCAAAAGCGACGGCGCGAACCUGCUUAUUGGUGGAGCCAGGCAUGGCACUGAGGGAUACUUCAUCCAGCCUACGAUCUUCACAGAAUGUAAGCCAAGUAUGAAGAUUGUUCGAGAGGAGAUAUUCGGGCCUGUUGCAGCUGUCGCCAGGUUUACCACUGAAGAAGAGGUCAUUGAACUAGCAAACGAUACCUCAUAUGGUUUAGCUUGCUGUGUGUUCACACAAGAUGUCAACAGGGCAAUACGAGUAGCACACAGUAUCGAGGCCGGUACCGCAUGGGUCAACUGUGCUAACCAUUCUGAGGUAGCGAUUCCUUUUGGAGGAUUCAAGCAAUCCGGUAUAGGUCGUGAGCUUGGAGAGUAUGCUCUUGAACACUACACAAAUGUGAAAGCUGUCCAUGUCAACAUUGGUUAUGAACUGUAGGAUUUAUGAUGUGACGGCAGCGUACUUCUCAUGACGUGUAUCAUUCUACCUGUACUCUAUCUGACAAGCUUUUUCGACUGUUCUUGUAUAUCAACUCUUGCACUCUCAAAAUAAUCAUCUCACGUAAUAACUUGAAC